AGAAACCCAUUGUAGUCGUAGAUGGGAACGAAGAGUUCGAUUAAAGUAAUGGCAAAAAAGUAUCAAACAGGUGUCUCCAUGCUUGUUUUAUGAGCGUUUUUCACUGGGACCCACAGCUCGGACUCCAGUGACGUUAUUUAAAGCAAAAUCGAUAUGCACUCGCGAUUUGACAGAGAACUAAAAUGAAAUUGAAAACUUCAUUUAAUGUUUUGUAAAAAUAAUGAUAAUAAUUGCUCGGUGUUAAAAAAAUAUCCACUUGUAACCUUUUAGUAUAUUGAAGAUUACCGCUGAGAAUUCAUAGAUUAUUAAUAAUUUUUUAAAUCAGAAGAAGUGAUAAUUGUCAUGUUAUGAAGAUCAUAUGUUGUCACAUAAUGAUGGAUGGGUUGUAAAUAUUAAAAAUGAAUUAAGUAGUUUGGGAUUGAAAUACAUUGUGUAUAUGUUUGAAAGUGAUUUGUAUGAUAACAAUAUAUAUUAUAUUAUUGAACAAAGACUAUAUGACACUACAAAACAACGGAUAUUUAAUGAUAUUUCUAAGAUGUCUAAGUUUUCUAUAUCAACUCUUCAUUGGCAAUUUUUUGUGUUAAAUAUUACUUGGUCAAACCUAUCAAUAGCAAAUAUAAGAGAUAUCUUACUAGAUUUAAACCUUUAUCUCAUAAUCUGAAUACUGAAAAAGGAAGACAUUGUGGCAUUUUUAAAAACAAUAGGUAAUGUGAAAAAUGUAGCGUGUCUGUUGUAGAAGAUGAAUUUCAUUUCAUACUUUAAUGUUCAUACUAUAAUGAAUUGAGAUCAAAAUACAUUAAAGGAUUAUCUCCCUCACGCAUAGCUCUUAUCCUUAGACGAAUUUGACUCCACUUUUUUUGGCACUCUGUUUUUCCUUAAAUAGCUCUAAAACUUGUGACGUUUGUAUAUAUCAUAUUAUGUUUUUCUGUAUUUGAUGAUGUCUCCAUAUGAGUGGAAAAUUCUCGAGAGGGACGUUAAACAAUAUACUAUCAAUCACCCAGCAAUUUAAGUAGCAAUUUUUUGUAUGUUAUGUGAAUCAUCACGGGAGCCAUAACACCAAUUUUCGACUUGAUAUUAUGUAGAUAAUGGUUGUCCAUUCAGAAAUAGAUUUUUUUCAAACUCACUAAUCAUUUUUCAGGCCUUCUUGUGCCAUCUUGGAUUCUAUAAACCUUCGGUAGUGGAGAAUCGAGCUCGAAUCGAGAUAAACUCUGAAGAAUAGUAACUUGGGUUCCAGAUAGGCUUCCGUAUGAUUUUUUUUUUUUUGGUCAAAGGCAGGUUUUAAAUAGACCAAUACCUGAUCAUACGUCACUACCCGGGUGUUGAUUACGGAAGUCUUGUAUUGAUUUACACUGUCGCGGAAUUGUGAUGAUGGUGGACUCCAGUUUGUUUGUUUGGUUUCUGUAAUUCUGUGCGUUGUAAAACAGAAACUACGUGAUAUAUUGCAGAAAUCGAGUGAAGUGCCCAAGAUUUCUGCGCCGGCGUGUCCAGAAGAAGAUGGCGUUUGAAAAAGUGGAGAACCCAUGGGGACUGGUGAUAAUAGUGUCCGCAUUCUGUAUACAGUUCAUCACGUUUGGCGUCGCCACGUCCUUCGGUGUUUUCAUCGUGGAGCUUCUUCGCCAUUUCGAUGUCAGUUUAGCUUUUGUAUCCCUCAUCGGAUCCAUCAACAUUGGAAUCUUUCUGGGAGCUGGACCAAUUGCCAGUAUUCUGAUGAGAAAGAUGUCGUACCGUCGGGUUUGUUUUCUGGGAGCUGCCUUGAGCAGUGUCGGUCUCAUUGUUUUGCCCUUUACAAUGAAUAUGGUGUUUCUCCUCUUUUUCUAUGGAAUUAUGACAGGUAUUGGCUACUGUUUACUCUACGUUCCGUCUCACACAAUGUCCGGACUGUACUACGACAAACACAGAAGCUUGGCCACAGGUGUGGCGACUGCAGGGUCCGGACUCGGGGGAAUUGUGUUUCCCAACUUCGUCCAAUACCUCAUUGACGAGUAUGGCUGGAGAGGGUCGUUUCUUAUAGUGGCUGGUAUCAACUUGAACACUAUCAUUUUUUCUGCUUUGAUUCGAGAAUCGCCAUUACAACGAGAACAAAAGGCGAAAAAAAGGCGUGUUAAAAUGGAGGAAGUCAGAAGGAAUAGUUCUUAUCAAUGUAAAGUUGAGGGAAAAAAACUUAUCACAGAUGGUGACAUUUCCGAUUCAUCUCCGGGUCCGCCAAAACCAAAGGUUGAGGAGGUAAACGGCACACAGGAAAACCAAGAGACAAAUGAUGCAAAGAUUAGUGAAUCAGAGGAUGACAGACUCCUUCAUAACAGCGAAUCUCACAACGAAACGGUCAAUUCUAACUCGAUCCGAACAGUAAUGCUGAUUUUGUUGCGAAAUAUACCAUUUUGCAUUUUUAUUGUAAACAAUGUUAUAUGGAAUUUCGGAACAGUGAUACCUCUAUUGCUAGGUCCAGAAUACUUCACAACCAUUAGCUUUUCUCAGACAGAAUCCGCCACCCUCAUUUCUAUCUUUUCUGGCGGAUCUUUCUUUGGAUGUGUUUUAGGAGGUGUUAUUGGAAAUAUACCAAACAUGAAUAGGUUGUACCUCUUCAUAUUCGUGAAUUUGGCUGUAGGAAUUGUUGGGCUUUUUAUUCCAUUAGAAAUGACACACACCAUGCUCGGUUUGGCGAUUACUGGAGUUCUUUGGGGAACCAUGUUUGGUUUACUGUUAGGAUUGCUAGUCGUUGUCACGGCCGAUUUGGUGGGAAUUCAAUAUUUAGGAGACGCCAUGGGGUUCCUGAUGUUGGCCAAUGGCGUUGGUUGUAUAAUUGGUCCUCCAAUUGGCGGUUGGAUUGGAGAGGAGACGAAGUCGCCAGCUGCAGCGUUUUAUAUUUCUAGUUUCUCUGUCAUUGCGUCAUCAGUCCUUUUGUUGUUCAUUCCACUUUAUAAAAAGCUCUGCAAGACAGAAACAAAGCUACAACGAGAUUUAGCAGAAGAAAUUCCUAGUCCUGCUGUAUAGCGACGUACUAUUGAAGUAGUAGUUUUGUUUGCAAUUAUGAAUAAAUACAAUAAACAACGAAGCGAAAA